AUGAGCGCAGCACGUCCUGCGGCGAGGAGCCUGCUCUCGCGGCGAUGCCUCGGCGGUGCGCCUAACGCUGCCGUGCCCUCAAGUGUACUUGCCGCGACGCAAGUACAACAGCCUCCGACAUGCCGACGACAAUUCCACGCAUCAGCCCCGGCAGAGGUCAGGAGAAGACCGCGCUUCUCCAACGUGCACGCCAAGGCCAUGGGUUUGGUAACGGAGGAGGACGUCUCCAAGGCGACGAACGAGGCCUUCCCCGAGCUCACAAAGCAAGAGCUGGCCGCUAUGGAAAAGAUCUACUCCCAGGAGCAGCUGGAGGCCUUGAAGGCUGGUGAGAAGGCCGUUGAUCCAAGGGACCUGACCGUUCAGGGCCGAGUGCGAAUCGACCCCUACAGGCUUGGCUACCUAUCGGACUUGUCCAAGAUCGAUCCCGUCGUUGACAAGCGCACCAAGAAGGAACCGCCGCCCAACACCAGGGCGCGUUUCAUGACAGGCCCCGAGUUUGUUUUGGACUUUUACAGCUGGAUGCGUUCGUUCUUACCAAAGGGCCUCAAUCUGGAAAAGGAUCUCAAGAACAUGUCGGAGGACGAGUUGAACGCACUGCUGGAUAAGUACACCCCGAGUCACACGGAUUUGUUCAACUACAUGGUCAACCGCUCCUCCAUGACGGACGGCGGCCAGCCAUCCAACACUGCAAUCGCCCCGGCGUUGAUGGACAAGGUGCCUGGCGUUGCAGGCUUGUACAAACGCCAGGUCGACCCGGCGGACGAAGGUCUGGACGACGAGGGCAAAUACCAGCAGGCCAAGAAGCAGACAGGACUGUCGGUUCAGGAUAUACUAGGUCUGAGGCACAAGAUUCUUGUGCAGCGUUUCGUCACCAACCAGACUCGUCUGGGUAAGGUGCAGAGCUGGCACAUCAUGACCAUCGUCGGCAACGGCAACGGCCGGAUUGGACUGGGCGAGGCCAAGUCGGUCGACGGGCAAAUUGCCAUGCACAAGGCGAGGCUCAUGGCUAUCAAGAACAUGGUGCCCAUCCGGAGAUACGAGGAUCGGACCAUUUACGGCAGAGUCCGGGUCAAGAUAGCGGGUACUGUCGUCGAGAUGGCUGCCCGCCCGCCAGGAUUUGGUUUGCGCAUCUCCCACAGGUUAUUCGAAAUUUGCCGCUUGGCCGGUAUCAAGGACCUCUCUGCAAGCAUCCCUCGAUCGAGAAACCCCAUGAACACCGUCAAGGCUGCAAUGAAGGCUCUUCAGAGCCAGCCUGACCCCGAGGCAAUCGCCAUUGGCAGGGGCAAGAAGCUGGUUGAUGUGAGGAAGGUUUACUACGGUGGUCAUGUGAUCUAA